UAGCUUAAGAAACUAGUGACGUAAGUCAGUCUGUAACCGACCAGUACACGCUAUACUAGUACUCCCGUGUUUUAUUCUGGAAUAUAUCCUGAAACCUUUCAGUGGCGACGAAAAAGAACAUACGCGUGUAAAAAGUGAAGUUUUUACGAUUAAAUUCAGUAAUUCACGAGUGAGAAGAUGUUAGCAACGAAUCUGGUGUUAGGUAACAGCCUGGUGUUCGACCACCGCACGCAGGAGUGGGCCAUUUUUAAAAGUCGGUUUACACAGUUUUGUUUGGCAAACAAAUUUACAGAAGAAACCGAUAAAUCUGGUGCUACACGGCGAGCGAUACUACUUUCUGCCUUGGUGGAGGACACGUUCCGCAUCGCUAAGGACUUAGUGUCUCCGGACAAUCUAGAUUCGAUCGGCUAUACGGACCUUAUUGCGAAAUUAGACGGCCAUUUUGAAGCUAAGCGAUGUGUUUUCGCGGAGCGAUAUUUAUUCUACAAAGCGGAACAGCGCCCGGGAGAGGAGUUAAGUGACUGGGCGGCGCGUGUGCGCAGUUUAGCACAAUAUUGUUCGUUCACUACAGAACUCGAUUCGGCGUUGAGAGACCGUUUUGUGCUUGGUUUAGAAAACAGAAAGGAAAAAGAAAAACUUUUUGCUGAAGACCCAACUUCGUUGACGUUUAGUAAAGCAUUGCAGCUGGCUCAGAGUGUGCGCUGCGCCCGGCUAGCCGUGCAUGGCAACAGCGGCACGGCUAGCGCCGGCGCCGGCACGUCUACAGGUGUGUUCGCGAUGCGCCCCGCCGCGGAAAGUGAUAAGAAGAAAACCAAGUGUAGUGCGUGUGGUUAUCACGGACAUUCCAAAGAUCAGUGUAAAUUUACUCAGUAUUCGUGUAAAAAGUGCGGAAAGAAAGGCCAUUUGAGCCGAGUGUGUAAAUCUAAAGUUAAGGCCACAAAUUUCUUAGCGGAGGAUACUGAUGAUAUUUGCGAAGAUCUUACAGCGUAAAUACUACGAUGGAAAGAGGCAAAUCCAAUUUAAAGUCGGAGACAGAGUACUUAUUAAAUCAUAUUUUAAAAACGGUACAAAACAUGCGUGGUUAGAAGGAACAAUAUUGAGUACCAUUGGCUCGUCAAUGUUCAAGGUUUACAUUAAAAGUCUUCAAGUAACGACUAGAAAGCAUGUCGACCAGCUGCUUAUGUACAAAGGCAGUAGAGAUUUGGAAAACGAUGACUACGAUGACGAUGUACCCGUUCUACAAUCCACUGAGCUCAGAGAGGUGGAGCCUGCAG